CUCCACCAACCUCGCAGUCAGUCAGUCAUUCGCAAUUGUGCUACCUGCAUGCACCUCCAACUUCCGACGUUCAACAUGGCCGUCAAGUCUACAAUUGAUCUAAAGAGUUCGUACCGCGUGGUGGUCGUUGGCGCUGGGAUGGCUGGUGUGAGUGUUGCCAACGCUCUGCUAGUGUCCAACGAGUUCGCGGCAAGCGACGUUUGUGUGCUCGAAGCGCAGUCCCGCAUUGGUGGACGGAUCCGGACGCAGCCGUUCAGCGAUUCAUUGCCCGUCAAUGUGGAGGUGGGAGCCGCGUGGAUCCACGGCACUGAGGGCAACCCGUUUACCGAUAUGGCGAAAAAGUUCGGCAUUGUGUUCAAAGAGGUGGCUCCGCGGAAUCCGUGGCUGCAUCCUGGUGCGUGCAAAAACUUUCUGUUCUUCGACGGCGAUAAGCAACUACCGCAGGAGCAAGUCGAUGAGACGUGGCAAUGGCAAGAUCUUCUCAUGCACAAGCUGCAGGAUCUGGCAACGUCGCCCAAUGCGGUCGACCACCAAGAUAAGGCUCUUUCGGCUAUCGUCGACCACCUUGUGGCGUCGGACGAGGAGCUCGGGGAGGCGAUGAAAGCCCCGAAUGCACGCGCAAGACUGGAUAUGUGUCUGAAGCUGAUUGAGGUUUGGAUGGGGGUAAAUGAUGAUGAAGUGCAGCUCGACGACUUCACCGACAUCGAACUGAUUGGUGAUGACGCCGGUGCGCACUGCAUAGUUCCAGCAGGAAUGGAACACUUCAUCGAUCACCUAGCGGAGCCUGUGAAGGAAUCGAUCCACACGAACGUGGUCGUCACUUCCAUCAACUACGAAGAUAAAGACGGUGUUGUGAUCGAGUGCAGUGACGGACGUCGCGUAUCGGCUGACCAUGUCGUUGUGACUUCGUCGCUCGGGUUCCUGAAGUCUGGCAAGUUGCAUUUUCAGCCUGAGUUGCCUGCAGCCAAACUUGGUGCUAUCGAGCGCUCCAAAAUGGGCCAGUACAUGAAGAUCCUCGUGGAGUUCCCGGAAAUAUUUUGGCCUGAAAACAGCACCUUCAUCGCACAGAUCAAGAACUCGUCGGUUUCUAGUGAUGCCACGGAUCGUCGCAUCUACUUUCCGGUGGUAUUCAACUACCAGUUUGCGAAGGGUGUGCCUAUCAUCGAAGGAGUCUUGGUCGGUGAGAAUGCCAGCAAAAUCUCUGCUACGUUUACGGAGGAGGAAAUUGCACAUGCGCUCUUUCUACAGCUACAAGAGACGUUUGGCCCGAACAUCCCGCGUCCAGUGAACCACUUCAUCACAAGAUGGGAUCAGGACCCGUGGUCGAUUGGUGCCUACAGUUCUCUCACAGUGGACAGCACGGACGAAGACCCAGCGAUCCUACGCCAGACUGUGGCAAACCGCGUAUUGUUCGCGGGUGAGGCCACGGACUACAAGUACCAGGGCGCACUACAAGCUGCGUAUCUCUCGGGCCUAAAAGCUGCAGCGGAAAUUGUGGACUAACUGCAACCCUGGUGUUAGCGUUUGAUGCCGAGCUAAGCUCGUGCAAAAAUUUUAAGAAUGAAGCUGUUGUCUUGCUCUAAAUCGCUUUUAAAUCAAAGUAGAA